AUGUUAAAGUGGAUUCAAGGUGGUAUUUCUGCUGUAACUGGUAUUGCAGAACCAGAAUACGGAAAAGAAUAUAUACAUUCUGUGACAGAAAGAUUGGAGGGGAAACAGCCUUAUAGAGAAGCUACUAGAAAGGAUUUUUGUUGGAAGGCUCCAGAUUUCACUAACGUGGAAACUGCUACAUUUUAUUUUAGCGAUUCAAAGAGUGGCAUCACAGGGUUUGCACAAAUUAUUCAUUCAAAUGUGCUUGGUAUGCGUACUGCUGCACAAUUUACUUUCAGAAUAUUCAAUGCGUUGGAUCCAGAGAGUUUGAAUAUUUGGACAUCUACAAAAUUAGAAAAUUUUAGAAUCGAUGGCCCAAAUUUUUACGCUGAUGAUUUAUCUAUUGAGUUAUCAGACGAUGAUAAUACUUACCAUUUUGUGUCUAAUGUCUGUGAAUUGUCUAAAGUUGAUUUAUAUUUUACUAGAUGUACACCUGGUGUGAAAGCUGGUGAUGAUCCAACCACAUAUUAUGGUGAGAAUAUAGAUGAACCAUGGGGUACAAUGAGUCAUCAUUUCUGGCCAAGAAAUCUGGUUCAUGGUACCAUCAAUUUGAAAAUAGAAGUACCACAAGAUGAAGAGGAUGAGGAGAAAAGUAAUAGUGAUGAAAAUGAAGAUGGUGAAGAAGAAGGAGAAGAAGAAGGUGAAGAAGAAGGAGAAGAAGAAAGGGAAGAAGAAGGGGAAGAGGAGGAAGAGGAGGAAGAGGAAGAAGAAGAAGAGGAAGAUGAUUCUGAGGAUGAAGAUUCUAGCGACUAUGAUUACGAUAGUGAUUUUGAAGAAAUUGAAAAAGUGUACAGAGAUGAAGCUAUUGAAUUUUCGGAAGAUACACCAUGUUAUGGUAUGUUUGUAAUGGCAUUUCAAGGUAUGAAACCACAUCAUGCCGCCAAAGCUUGGAACUUUGCAGUUACACAUUCUGAUGAGAACUCAGUUGUCUUAAUGGAAUUUAUUACUCCUAAGUCAUAUGGAAACACAAAAGUAUCUAUCGGUAUUAUCACAGAUAAAGACUCCAUUCUUUCUGUAACUAUUAAUAACGAUUAUCAACAUUUAAAUUCUGAAAUUGAUGAAGUUGGUUGGAAUGUUCCAAAAAAUAUCAAGGUAACAUUCAAUGGGUUUUCUUCUAGAUUAACAGAUGACCAAAUUACAGAUGAGAAUUCAUUAGCUGAAAAAGAUAAACUAAUUGCAGUCCUUGAAGGUCCAUUAACUAAUUUAGUAGAAAGAGUUGAUGUUAUGGGUGAAAUUCCAGGUUUUGUUAAGAAUAUUGUUUCUGGUGUGGCUGGUACUAAGCCUUUUAUUUAUCAGUACGCCGACCAAAACUUUACAUUACAAAUCGGUGAUAAUGAAAAGAAAAAAUGUUUUGGUUGGGCUGAAGUUACUUUUAUCUCUAAAUCUGAUACAGUAACAGAAGAAUCAUACAACGAAAACUAG